AUGCCUGUCCAAAAUGAUCCCAAUUUCUUCAGGCCUAGCAAAAACUCUAGCAAGGCCCUGCCCCCUUCCUCAACCAUCCAAACCACUUCCAAACAGACUCGUAAACGUCCUCAAAGGCCAUCGUCUGCAUCAGCUUUGACCUCAACACAUGCCGCCCGGAAGCCCAAGAAGACCAAGGUCUCUCAAAAGCUCAAGAAACACAAAAGCAAGAGGGUGGUUGAAUCCAGCAAGGGAUCUGAGUCUGAGUCAAGUACAGAUAAUGAAAAGUCAUCUUCUCAAUCAAACACUGAAAGGCAUGGGACUGCAAGGAUGAUUGAAUUCACUCAGGAUUCAGACAAUGCAAACUGCCAAUUCAAGCUUCACAAAAAGAAGGCCAAAGCAAAGGACGGAGAAUUUGAUGAUGUGGAGGAUUAUUUUCAUCCACCUGUGUUUGAGGAAGGCAAAGUGUUGGAACUCGGGCAAACCUCAUCAAACAUCAAGAUGGCAAUGCAAACCGAGAACCGUGCUCCGGAUGAGGCCGGGCAAUUUCAGCUGGGUCCAUACACCCGCAAGUGGGCUGCCACUGAGGCCCAUCGGCUGUACUGCCACUUGCAGAGCAAGGUCUUGGAUUCUCUCCAAUCAAAUACCUCAAAGCUCAGCCUUAUCCACGACGUAUGGACUACUAGGGGGAAUUGGAGUGCUUUUCUUGGUAUCACCGUCGCUUACAUUGAUGACAGUUGGAAUUUCAAGGUCAGCCAUCUAUUGGUUAAGUAUAUUGCUUGGAUGCAUAAGGCCAAAUAUCUGGUGAUCCCAUUGGCCAACAUUCUCCUCAAAUUGCUCAAGAAGGACUCGAAUCACAACAAUGAUAUCUCAAUUGCCAAGAACCAUAUUCGGUGCUUCUGUCAGAAGCUGGCCCUCAUCCUCAAUGCCGGUCUCAAAUUGAUCUUGGUACCCCAACGCACUCAAAUCCCCACCAGCACCAUGUUGGGCUUUGUCCCAGGACUGUGUGCCAUAACCAAAAAAUCAUCCAAGUCAGGCCAAGUGGGCCCAAUGGCCAACCCCUUUGAUCAAGAAGGUUUUGUUGAUGAUUCAGACUCCAAUCACAGUGAGAACAAAGGACCAGCAGUUAGGGAGGCGAAUGUACAGCAGAGAUAUUUCUCUCCUGUCUAG